GAUAAGAGCGCGGCUCGCGCCGCCGACAAAGCGAUGCGUUUUCUUACUCUGGCUACUCUCCUGCUGCCCGUGCUUGACUUGGGCGGGUUGGUCAGUGGGGAAGAUGAUCCGAACGCGGAUAUUCAUCGGUCGUAUAACGACAGCGUCUUUCAGUCGAGCGAAGAAUCGUCCGACGACGAUGCUCAUCCGAGCCGCAAAAAUUUGACGGUUAGACAAUUCGAAUCCACGACGGUUACAUCAAUUCCGUACACUAUUGGCCAGCGGACGCUAUCAGCCUCAAUUGACGAGAACUCGAGCGAUCCGAUAGCGAUGGACAUCCGCGUCGCGACAACGAAUCAACCGGAUGAUCUGAAAGAUGCGACGAAGGGGCAAUUCGGCGAUGAUAAUGCUGACGAUAUUGUGAGCGAAAUAACGAGAUCCGUCGUAAGCAACGGUGAAACAACUGAAUUAUCUCCCGUAAUUGGACGGACGGUUUCAGAAAGUACGGAAUAUCAAGAAAAACGAUCAGAAUCAGAAACCAUGAGAGCGGCUAACGAUUCCACUCUCCCAGGAGAAAGAACUUCUGUAUCCGAUGAUAAUGUAUCACAAUCAUCCCCUUCACCUGAUUCUGAGGAUGCACGCCAACCCGAAUCCACAAAAAUGGACCGUAAUUUUGAAAAGAACGAAGGAUCGGCCACCACGAAUUUCGUUCCUAACUCGGAUCCAACAACCGAAAGUAAUUCCGUGAUAAAUACGGACGAUACAUCAAUUUAUCGAAAAUCGAUUCACCAGCAGGGUCGGGAAACUAGUGGAACGGUCGUGCCGAUAGAUAUUGAAACCCGGAAAUCAAAUGAUAAGGAUAUGAAUUUGAAAAUAUCGACCAAGAAUAGCGAAACAGAUGUCAAACCUGUUGAAGAAAUGAUAAAAGCUACAAUUCCCCAAGAUACAACGACCGAGAAAUCUGACGCGCCACGUGAAGAGAACUGGUUGUCCGUUUUACAAUCACUCGUGCCGAAUGAAAAGGAACGUCUUGAUUUCAACGACAAGAUACUGCAGUCUAUACAAAAUACGGUAAGCAAUUCUAACGUGAAUCACAACGUUUUGAAUGCUCCGAGUGUACCUUGUUCCCAUUCUAUUCCACCUCCGCCGUCGGAUAUUGACCCUCCUCCGUACGGGCUGCCAGCUUCCUCGUCUGGGGCAACAUCGCCUCACGGCAUUCCUGUUGAACCAGACGGAUACCAAGAAUAUAGGGACUUUGAAAUGGAAGCCCCACGGCCCCCCUACAUUACGUACACCGACGUAGAAACUGAAGAUUUACGCAGUCCUUACAAAUAUUACAAUCCACAUGUCGCAUGGGGUGUUCCGCUGGCCGAGGCGGAAUUCGAUCCCGUUCAUAUCGGAGGGGAAAUUAUAAUGAGUCAGCCGGAAGCGAGCAAACUCGUCCGUAGGUGUCAUCGAGUUCUAGUGAAACCGAGAAGAAUAUGCAGAAAAGAGAAGUCCGUUUGCGUCAAAAUGUGGAAAGGAUGCAGGCCCCUAUGUAAGUCGGGUAAAACUAUUUGCAAAUAUCAUCCAUCGCGAAGAUCGAUGAGCAGGUUGGUUUGUCAAAAUGUAUGGACGCCUAUUUCGAAGCCGAUGAUGAUGUAUCCGGUGGAGGUUUACGAUUACGCCGAUUACGAAACUUUCAACCAACCGCCCGGUCUGCUUCAAGAGUUGAAGCAAGAUCCGUCACUCUCAGAAGCUGUAGAAUACGAGCCUGACGUUUUCGAACUGCAUAAUUUCUCUGAUUUAUCACCACUCGAGGAAAUUCCGGAACUGGAAGAAGACGUUACAGUAUCUGAAAGCGACGAGGAUUUUGUGUUCACGGAGAAAAACUUCGAAGAAGCAAUUCGAGCGGCGAUAAACGAAGCGCCGGAAAUCUUAGAGCCACAACCUAACGUGGACUUGGAGUCUAAAACCGUGCGAAAUCCAGAACUAGUGAACUCUGCAACAACCGCAGACCCGCCUCCGAACAUUACGGAGGACCAGAAUAAAAAGCAAACUGCGAGUACAAACGUCAAUCACAAUGUCAAUAGUAACGUAAAUUCUAAUACGAAUAUAAAUUUCAACGGUAACAAUUCCACGUGGCAACCGGUACUUCCAGAUAUCCAACUACCGGCAAUACCCCCCGUCAUCGGAAGAGUUGUCGGUCAAAGUAAUGCGGGGUUAAAUGUAGACCCGAAUGUUAACACAAAUGUCAACGUGAAUCGCAACUCCAAUGCGAACGACAACCGUGAAUUACCGACGCCACAAAUCGUAGAACGCGAACGUGAUGGAAUAAAUAGAACGCUUGAAAUUGGACCAACCAUGCCUAUUUCGGUUGGCCCGUCCAAUACCGAGAUUAAUCAAAAUCACGAGAUUGACGGUCAAAGCGGAGUAUCAAAGCCGUUAGAACUUGAUUCUCUCCCGCAAAAAGAUUAUCCUGAAAUCAGAACGCCUGCUAUUUUCCAGCCAAUGUUGCAGCCAAUGCCUCAACCAGUUGCCAAACAGAUUUAUGAAAAUUUCAAUCACAACAUCAAUAGCAAUGCCAACAUAAAUUAUAACGAUAAUAUCAAUAGGAAUACCCAAAUACCUAUGGCUACGGGUAUUCACGUACCAGAAGUAACUUUCCCUAACAACAAUCCAGUUGUGCUACCAAACGUUGUCAUGCCUCCAGUUAACGGGGGGAAUUAUUACAAUGCCGAUGCAAAUGUUAACCCGAACAUGGGCGCCGAUGUCAAUCAAAACCCAAAUGGCGAUCGACUACCUGAAACCUCCAAGGUUGAAGAAGAAAUUCCAAUCGCGGAGUCUGUUCAAGUUGGUGAUGCGCCGUUAGAAAUUUCAUCAGGGUAUAACGCGCCGAUGAUACCCGCUUCAUUGUCAUCUUCGGACAUGCACUCCAACGUCAAUCAAGAUAUUGAUAGAAAUGGCAAUUUAAAGUCAGUCGAUGACACGAACAUCGAUACAGCGAAUCAAGCAUUUUUAAGCCCAAGUCGACAACAUACAUCGAUGCCCAUGCUUAUCAAAGCAGCUCCGCAGGAUAUCCCACGACCCGAGGUAUUGAUUAGCACUGGGGCCGGAGCGAAUGCGAAUCAGAACUUGGACAGUAACGUGAAUAUUAAUAAUAAUCAGAAUGUUUAUCGUGACACGAUCGGUAGAGUCACUCCAGUCACACCGGAAAGUCUUCGGCCAAUGCUUGGACCGGAACUUGUGAAGCCUCCAGCUUCUUUAAAUGGGCUUGUCGAGGAAGGCCAAUUGAGCAACAACGGCAUUGUCAGUGGGAAUGUUAACGAGAAUUAUAACAACACCGUGGACGUUAACGGCAAUACUAUGGCAGAUUUGUCUAGAGUAGCAAAUUCUGGUUUACCUAUGACAAUGUCUGAACCAAGACCUCUCGCGAAUACUCUACCCAAGAUUGCACUAUCGGCCGAAGUUUCCCCUGUGGCAACAUCGCCAUCUGAAAUUACGGAUAAUCGUAACGUUAAUGGUAACACCAACUUCAACUAUAACUCAAACAUUAACAAUAAUGCCGAUCGCGAGAUUGUAGUUCCGUCCGAGGAACCUGUUUCGCCAGUUAUUAGACCUGUUGAAUUUCAACCUGUUGCAGCACAGAAACUUCCAGAAAUAAAUCUGCUGACUCCGGCUCAAAUUGACGCAAGUCAAAACUUGCAUAACAGAAGUGCGAAUACGAAUGGCAAUGACAAUUCGAACCCGAAUGUUAAUACGAAUGACAAUGUGGACGGUAAUACGGAGUAUGGAGCUAACGUAGAACAAAUACCGCAGCAGCUAUCAGAAAUAGCGAGGGAACCUGCCCCAGUUGUCUCAACUGUGAAUCAAAUUCUCACACAUUCUCCCGGGCUUGAGGUAAACGAUAACGUUGCCACUUUGGGAGCGAAUGUUAAUUCCGCUUCAAACAUCAACCAGGAUAUGAAUGUAAAUUUCGACCAUAAUUCGAACGUCAACACUGAUUAUAACUCGAAUUUCAAUCCGAAUAAUAAUAUAGGGGGCCAAAAUUCAGGUUUAUUGCCAACAUCGGCUCCGGUUUAUAUUCAGGAACCAAAAAUCUCAGCGCCUGAAACACAACCUCCGAUUUUUAGUCAAACACUGAUAAAUCAGGGGCCCGAAAUUCCUCAACUCGCCGAAGUCAACUCUAACUAUAACGCCAACGUGAACAUUAAUCGUAACCAUAAUUCAAACGUGAACGCUAAUUUCAAUCAAAACGCGCAAAUAAGGCCCUCGAAUUUAUUGGCGCAGAUGGCUCCUGUGCCUUGGCUUCAAGAACCGAGCUUAAAGUCACCGAACAUUCCAAGUCUCGGGCUGAGUAGUAUUAUCCCAAAUUUUGGAGUGAGUUUAAAUCACAAUUUGAACGCAAACCUAAAUCACAACGUUAAUUUGAACAGCAAUCGCGAUAUCGUACCGCGCGAACCCGUUGAAUUUUCGAAACCACAGCAAGAAAUCGUCGGUGCGGAUCGCCAUUACGCCCCUGAUCUCGGACCUGAUGUCAGAGAACCCGCGGUGGUAGCUGCGCCUACUCCUAUGUUAAAAGAUAAAGAGUCAUCCAUACCUGAAGUCACGAGGAAUUCACAAGUCUCCGCUAACGUAAAUACAAAUGUAAAUAUGAAUUAUAAUUCUAAUUACAAUCACAACGCAAAUUAUAACGGCAAAGGAGUAGCAAAUGAGAACGAGAACGGUAGAGUACCCUUGAUGAAAGAGUCUCAAAAUAUUUUACCCUCGCCAUUAAUUGCUUCCACUGCACAGUCGCCAAAUGUGGGAAGAACGGGACCCGGGGAUCUACAGAAGAAUCUCAACGGCGACGCUAAUUACAACUCUAAUAUAAACUAUAACGCAAACGUAAACGCAAAUUCUAAUUACAAUUCAAAUCUUGGCCAAGGUGGCCUCGGGAUAAUGGCACCUCCAAAUGGCCUAGCUCCCCAACCUAACCAAGGCAUACAGGGUUCUCUUUUUGGCGGAAACCCUGCUAUUUCCGCUCCAAUGAUUCCCAAUACUCUAAUCGGUAAAGCCGGGAAUCCAACGCAGCUUGAAUAUAACGGACAGCAAAAUAUUAACACCAACGCUAAUUAUAAUUCAAAUCUAAAUUACAACUCUAAUUAUAACGGAAACUCUAAUCACAACGCUGAUUACAAUACCCUGCCGAUGACGGAGCGACAAAAUCAGCACAGAAAAAAAGGAUGGUACGAAUUAUGGUACAACGACGGUGAGGAUAAAGAUGGCUGGACUGAAAUAUGGAACAACAAAGAGUACAAAAAAUUCUUAGAACAACAACUGAAGGACAUAAAACAACAGGAAGAUAUAGACGCCCAGAGCCACGCGUUUCCCCUCGCCGGAUGAACGUUUCACGUGCUUUUUUGUUUUUUUUUCUACCCAACUGAAAGUGCCUGUAUCUAAUUGUAAAAAUGAACGGAAUCAAAAUUUGAUCGGUAAUAAUCGAACGGUCGUUCAUGUUGUCUUGUAAAUGAAAUUGCGAUUACAUUAAUAUUUCAUCGAUUAUCGGUAUUUCGAACAUUUUUAAAUUAGGACAAAUGAGUUGUGUUUGGAGCUAACACACAAAACACAUAAACCUAACCUGAAACUUUGCAUACUCGCGGACACGAUACGCACACAUAUGUAACCAAGGCACGCGCCAACUAAACAUUUACAUUCCGGCUACGCGUGUUACUGACUCCCCACUUUGUUCGUUAAUUAUUACACAAGUCCGUACCUUCCACAGAUAUACAUACAUACAUAUGUUCUAAACACGCAUUACGAAUCGUCCAACGCGCCAAAAAACAGGGGGAAAGAAAAAAAACCAAUGUGAAAAUGCGCGACAACCCUACACACAAAUACAGAAACAUAUACUCUACACAUGUCUCUUACACGAAACAACUACAGUAUUGGUUGCAACAAAGAACGUGAUAUCUAAUUUGAUUAUUAUUAGAAGUCAGAGGAAACCGUUUAGGUUGGUGAAAAAGAAGUCCACAAAAAAUUGUCCAAACCAGUUUGAAUUUUUCUCAAGUUUUACCCGCUGAAAGUUUGUCCGACCAGGAAAUCUGAUAUUAUACGAAAAUUUUUGACAACAUUUAUUGUACCUCUAUUUUUUAAAUAACCGUAAGAAAAUCUGUACAGGAUAUAUCGUUGUAAAUUUUAUCGAAAUAAAUCAGCAUAUGGUACAAAAUA